GUUGUUUGACGUCUGCAUUUUGAGUGGGAAUGUUGCUGGCGAGCUGCUCCUGUAUGUCGUCUGCUGGUCCACAACAGUGCUGGUGGAGGCCGAGGGUUCCGGGCCACGGGGACCUCGGUUGCCAGAUCCAAACUGCGGGAUCGGAUGCGCCCCAUCAUAGAAAACGUAACUUUUGCUCCAACGUGAACAGCAACGAUCAGCUGAUGCCUUCAACACAACACAACACAACACUCAGCCCUCGGCAGUCAAGGGUCUGGUGUGACUCAAGCUUCAAGUCUGAGUUAAUUCUCAACGUUGAGGUCUUACACGUCAUAAACAUUUACGUGUCUCUCCAAAUAACGACUCGUGCAGUCAUCCGGAGGGGAACAUCUUCACCCAAACUGCGAGGAAGAGCAGCAGGUGAUAACCAGUAUCGGAGGCGCUAGGUCUAUAUCCUCGCAGGUAUAUUUUAAUAAGUGCAGUUGAUUUAAAUCCAGUAGAAAAGUUCCAGGUUUCAUUACCACAGAGACCAGACUCAUUUGGGCACGUUUUCUUACAACUUGGGUCUCGGUUCACCUUGCAGUACAGGUACUAGAAAAUAAUGUUGAGAGCAUGUCAUCAGUGUGGAACACUGCGGAAAGCCUAUUGCUGGGGCCAAGCAUGGACUCUGCAAGGGGCAUGGCUGGCCACCUGUCAGAAGUUGCUCAUUCUGUAAAUGAUGCAGAAGACGACAUGCUGUCUAUCACAAAUACAUCUACCGCAGCAGUAGUAAACCCACAAAUGAGUGCUAUAAACUUACCUGGAAGAUCGUCCCCAGCAGGCACACCUCCAGGUUCUGGUCGAGUGUUAACUGAUAAAGGUCGUGGCCGUGGAAGCAGUCUUCCUCCAGCUAUUGCAGAAAGGCUGGCUCGACACAAAGCUCAAGAACAACUAGUUUUCAAACGAAAGCUCAAGCAUCUAAAGUGUAUUAUCCGUGACUUUGUUUUUGAAAAUGCAGCUCUCUGUGAUCAGGUAGCAGAGGCACAGCAGCAAGUGGUUGUGGCAGCGGAGGAGAGGACAUUUCUCCUGAAGAGAUUGUGUCAGCACCAGACCACAACUGACCAACAUAAUCAACUUAAUCCAAAAAGUAACAGCUACUUCAUACUGGGUAGUGGUAGUGUGGAUAAUUGGGACAGCAAAAAACCCAAGUUAGCAUCACUGAAGCGUAAGCUUUUAGACCCAAGCCAAGGUAGUCCAAGUGCCAUCACAUCUCCAGUUGGGACAGAGAAAAUUGUGAAAGCCAGGAAGAGUGGAAGUACUAAACCUAAGCGUCUUUGUCCACCCAUUACCUUAGAUUCAGCUGGACGACCUAUAUUCCCAAUUACUCUUGGGCCUCUCACCAUUCACAGUCUUGGAGAGAUUGUAAGUGAGCGAGACUCAUAUCAUAGUGAACAGUGCAUCUUCCCAGUUGGCUUCUGUUCUUCUAGAAUAUAUGCAAGUCUCAGAGAUCCCCUUAAGCCAGUGUUGUACACUUGUAAGAUUUUGGAUGGAGGUCUCAUCCCGCGAUUUGAGGUGGUGUGUGAAGACGAAGAGGAUUCAGUAGUGGUUGGAAACUCUCCCUCCGAUUGUCACAACCACAUCCUACAGACUAUUAACCUUGCCCUUGAUAUGGACCUUCUUACCAUCAGACCAGAAGGUCGUGGCAGUGAAGAGAGAGGCUGCCGCUUCUUUGGAUUAACACACCCUAGUGUACAAAAUGUACUACAAGCAUGUCCAGGUGCAAGAAAAUGUACUCAAUACAAGUGGGUGAAAUUUGAGGUGUGUCGCAGUGAAGCUGAAGUUGAGAGUGUAUUUGAAGCAGAAAAGGAAGCAUCUCUUUGCCACGAGGCACUUUUGCGCAAUAUCCGCUUUGCUCGACAUCACGUGACAUCACCUUGACUACUCUUACUAGAGAAAAUAGAAUAAAAUAUAUUAUGUAAUUACUAGAUGGGGAUUCCCAGCUGUGCCUGGAUUUUUCUCUCCCCAUUUCCAGAUCUCUCUUUCCCCCCCUCCCCUCUCCACCCCCACUUCCCCCACACUACUUCUCUUCUCCCCACUCCCACCUUUCUUCCCUCACCUCUCCGUCCCAUUCUUCUAACACCCCCCCUCUCCACCUUUCUCCCCUCUUUUCCAACAUACCUUCUCACAGAAGAUUUAUUGCAAAGCACUAAAAUUGUUUAAUAAGUCUACAGAAAACACAGCCUCUGUUUCAAACUUGACUUCGGGAAAAAUUAAAAGUCCUUGGGGAUUGUGCAUUCCGAUAUUUCUUAGUGUGGACCACUGGGGCUGACCCAGACUGACCUAUGACACCCCCCAUCCCUGUCUUAUGUGGGAGAGUUGGGUGAGGCUAGCCCCAAGUAUCUGGCCUCCAACCACACAAUAUACAGACAGACAGGCAUUUUUGCAUAGAUAAAUGUACAGUAUAGAUAAAUUAUGUAAAAAAAUAAUUUUGUAAUAUUUUCAUCUAUUUUAAAGUUUGAAGAGAAUG